CCCUGAAGGCUUCGGGCGUCCUGCUCCGAGCAAGAAAGAGUUAAAGAAACAAAGUAACGCGAAACUCUCGCUUGACAGAGUUUGUCCGCUACAGGCCGCCGUAGCAGCUGUAGCUGGGCUGACAGCGUGUGAUCAUGGCUGCUGCCCGAGCGGGCAAGCUGGAACCGAGCGGAGGCGACGCGCAGGAGGAGGAGGAGGAGGAGAACAUCCUCUAUGACUUGCUGAUCAACACCGAAUGGCCGCCGGAGACCGAGGUCCAGCCCAGAGGCAGCCGGAAGCAUGGAGCAUCAUUUAUCAUCACUAGAGCAAUUACAGGCCCUGCCUUAUUUUUGCUACAAUAUUUGUGGUAUAGACCUGUGAAAUCCUCGCUUCCUCAUGGACUCAUCCGCCUGGUCAGUAAGCAGAUCAGUUGGCAUGUGGUGCUCGCAAGCAAUGGAAAACUGUUAGCGGUUGUUCAAGACCAGUGCAUAGAGAUAAGGUCUGCAAAGGAUGAAUUUGGGUCUGUCAUUGGGAAAUGUCAAGUCCCAAAGGAUCCGAACCCACAGUGGAGACGUGUGGCAUGGAGUCAUGAUUGCACUUUGCUGGCCUAUGGUGAAAGCACAGGCACUGUGAGAGUAUUCGAUUUGGUUGGUAGUGAACUCCUGGUCAUCUCACCGGGUACCAGCUGCCCAGGAGACCUAACCUAUGCUAUUGCAGGAUUGAUCUUUCUGGAAUACAAAGCAAGUGCCCAGUGGUCAGCUGAACUUCUCGUCAUCAAUUACCGUGGGGAAUUAACAAGUUACCUUGUGAGCGUUGGAACAAAUCAACACUUCCAAGAGAGCCAUAGUUUCAGCUUCAGCAGCCAUUACAUCCAUGGAAUAACUGCAGUGAUCUUUCACCCUACACACCGACUUUUGAUUAUAGGUGGCUGUGAAAUGGAUGAGGAUGGAACGGGAGUAUCCAAAGCCGGUAGCUGUGGUCUGUCAGCAUGGAGAGUUCUUUCGGGAGUACCCUAUUAUAAGCAGGUCACAAGCUAUGAGGAUGAUAUUGGGACAGCUAAGAGAAGGUCAUUGUUCAAGUUUAUGAAUCUCAGAUUUUACCACAGGCAAAGAAGAGAGCAGGAUGGCGUAUUCAAGAUGAGCCUUUCUCCAGAUGGUACUCGGCUAGCAGCUGUUCACUUCUCUGGAAAGUUGACAAUCUGGGGAAUUCCUUCUCUCAGACAACAAGGAGAAUGGGAACAAAGUGACCAGCCAGGUUAUGAUGAAAUCAAGCCAGAAUGGAGACUUUCUCUUGAAAAACGGAAGAAAAUUAAAGACAAGGAAUCUUACUACCCACUGAUAGAUGUAAACUGGUGGGCAGAGAACGCUGUCAUUUUGGCUCGCUGUUCAGGUGCUUUGACAGUGUCGUCAGUGAAAACCUUGAAAAACUUGUUGGGGAAAUCUUGUGAAUGGUUUGAAAGUUCCCCUCAGGUCACUUCGGCUCAUGAUGGAGGAUUCCUAAGCCUGGAGUGUGAGGUGAAGCUAGUUCCAAAGAGAUUGCGCCUGGAUAGCAGACCUGGUGAUGAAGAUGAAGGAGAAGAUGACUCUGAUUCUGAUGAUGAAACUUCUGCUAAGGCCCGGUAUUUUGGCUAUCUUAAGCAAGGCCUGUAUUUUGUAACUGAAAUGGAGCGGUUUGCUCCCCCUAGGAAGCGCCCACGCACCAUUAUAAAGAAUUACCGUCUUGUGAACCUGAGGUCCACAACCCCUGAGGAGCUGUACCAAAGAAAGAUUGAUAAUGAAGAGUACGGAGAAGCUUUGUCACUAGCUCAAACAUAUGACCUUGAUUCUGACCUUGUAUAUCAGAGGCAGUGGAGGAAAUCUGCUGUUAGCAUUGCGUCUAUUCAAGAUUAUCUGAGCAAAAUUAAAAAACGUUCUUGGGUUCUUCAUGAGUGCCUGGAAAGAGUUCCUGAGAAUGUGGAUGCUGCUAAAGAGUUGCUGCAGUAUGGCUUAAAAGGGACAGACCUGGAGGCUCUCAUAGCCAUAAGGAAAGGAGAAGAUGGUGGCAGAUUUAUCUUGCCAGGUGAUGUGGACAUUGAUGAACUGCUUUAUGAAGAGUUUUUAACUCCUGAGGAAGAAGCAGAGAGUAGGAAGGAGCGGGAAGCUAUGAAGCGUCAGGAACUUCUUCAAUCAGUAAACUUCUCCAAGUUAACUUUGGAACAGAAAGAGCUUUGUCGUAGCCGGUUGAAACUACUAACCUUUCUGGAUCGGCUAGCAACAUAUGAGGAGAUCCUUGGAGGACCACAUGAUGCUGAGCAGAGAUACGAUGCAGAGUUCUUCAAGAAGUUCCGAAAUCAAAACAUUGUUCUUUCUGCAAGAACGUAUGCUCGGGAAAGCAAUGUAAGAGCACUGGAGAUUUUGUUCACGUACCAUGGAUCUGACUUGCUUCCGCAUCGGUUGGCAAUUCUCUCUAAUUUUCCAGAGACCACCUCUCCACAUGAAUAUUCCUUUUUGCUGCCUGAAGCUUGCUACAAAGAUGGUGCACUGAAGAUUCUUCCCUGGAAUGAGCAGAAGCACAGGGAAGAAGACUGGUGUGAAAGACCACCAUGCAGACUGACUGUUGAACCAGCUCUUCAAGACGAAGGUGAAUUUUUAUAUGACUCUCAACCAGAAUUGUUGAAGUAUAGGACCACUGAGCUUUCAAUAAGCAUGGUUACAGACUGGUACUGGAAAAGAGCAGAGGAAAUAGAAAACUACUCCAUGCAGGUGGAUUGUGCUCUUUCUCUGGUCCGCCUUGGCAUGGAGAGGAACAUUCCUGGUCUUCAUUCUCUCUGUGACAAUCUGAUUACACUGGAGACACUGGUUUAUGAGACUGGAUGCGACAUAACUCUGACCUUGAAGGAGCUACAGCAGAUGAAGGACAUCGAGAAACUAAACCUGUUAAUGCUGAACUCAUCAGAAGACAGGUACGUGAAAAACGCUUACCAGUGGAUGGUCCCAUUUCUCCACCGCUGUGAAAAAGAGUCUCCUGGCAUUGCCAAUAAGCUUUUGAAAGAGUAUUUGGUCACUUUGGCUAAAGAAGACCUAACAUUUCCUCUGAAAAUAUUUGAGCAUUCAAAGCCAUCAUGUCAGCAAAAGAUCAUUUCCGAUCAAGACCUGUUGAUGAUGAUUGCUUUAGAAUGCAUCUACAGUUGCAAACGUGAUAACCAGCUGUCUCUGUGCUAUGAUAUCUUGGAAUGUCUCCCCCAGAGAGGUUACGGCCCUGAAACAGACAUUACUAAUAAUCUGCAUGAUCAAGUUGAUGAACUGGAACAAAUUCUUAGUGUCUCAGAACUUCUGGAGAAGCACGGGCUCCAGAAACCCAUCUCAUUUGUAAAAGACACGCAAAACAGCCCAGAAGAAGCACGGAAGCUGAUGAUUAGGUUGACCAGGCACACAGGCCGCAAACAACCUCCUGUUAAUGAGACACACUGGAUGGGAUUGUUGCAAGAUAUGUUGGAAAUGCAGCGGAACGUCUACACUUGCUUAGAAGCAGAUACUUGCUAUGAGAUAUUUACAGAAAGCCUUCUGUGUUCAAGCCGGCUGGAGAACAUCCACUUAGCUGGGCAAAUGAUGCAUUGCAGUGUUUGGUCAAUAGAUCCUCCAGUUAGUGUUGCUUCGAAAGGAAAACCUCAGUACAGAGUCUGCUAUGAGAAAAGCAUUGAACUGGUUUUGGCUGCUAGCAGAGAGUACUUUAAUUCUUCAACCAGUCUGACAGAUCCUUGCAUGGAUUUGGCCAGGUCCUGCUUACAGCUCAUUACAGAUUGUCCAUCUGUUAUACAAGAGGAAUUGGAUCUCAUUCGUGCUCUGAGCUACCUUGAAGAAUUCAGUGUAAAAAUCUUGCCAUUACAAGUGCGGCUAUGUUCUGAUCGACUCAGCCUUAUCAAGGAAUGCCUCUUGCAGCAGCCUACAAACUACAAGCAAUCUGCCAAGCUCUUGGGACUUGCAAAUCUGCUGAAGGUUGCAGGUGAUGACCAGAUAGAAAGAAAAGGACAAGUUUUGAUUCUUUUAGUGGAACAAGCUCUCCAGUUUGAGGAUUACAAAGCAGCAAAUAUGCAUUGCCAAGAGCUUAUGGCUUCAGGCUACUCUAAGAGCUGGGAAGUUUGCAGCCAGUUAGGACAAUCGGAGGGUUAUCAGGACAUGGCCGUUCGGCAGGAGCUCAUAGCCUACGCUCUGACACAUUGUCCACCAAGUGUGAUAGAACCUCUGCUGGCAGCAAGCAGCACUCUGCAAACUGAGAUUCUUUACCAAGCAGUCAACUACCAGAUACGGCCUUCUGAAAAGGGGGAGAACAUAAAUACCUCCAGAUCACCAGAUGGAAUCAAAAUAGAGACUCCUGUAGAAGUAGCUACCAGCAUUUCUUCCAGUCAAUCUGCUGACCUACUGCAGUGGACCACAGCUAAAACCAUGAAGGUUCUUUCCAAUACAACUCUGACCACAAAAGCCGUGCUGCAUGCUGUCAGUGAUCGACAGUGGUGGAAGAAGUCACUAACUUACCUUCGGCCAUUACAUGAUCAAGAAUUUGGAGAUGUAUUAAAAGGGACUGCUGGAGCAAAUGCAGCAAUAGAAAAGCAAGGCUGCCAUCCAUUUUAUGAAGCUCUGAUCGAUAAUCCAUACCUUGCAGAUAAUGAAGUUACUUAUACCUCAUACCAGCACAGCCCUUCGGAAAGUUUUGCAGAGGUAUUGCUGCGGACAGGAAAACUUGCAGAAACUAGAAGUGAAGGGCAGGAUCGGUUUCCUGUCACAGAAGUCCUUUUACAGCUGGCCAGUGAAGCUUUGCCAAAUGAUAUGACUUUAGCACUGGCCUACUUACUUGCAUUACCACAGGUCGUUGAUGCCAACAAGUGCUUUGAAAAACAAUCUCCUUCUGCUUUAUCUCUCCAGCUGGCAAGUUAUUACUAUAGCCUGCAGAUCUAUGCUCAUUUGGAACCAUGUUUCAAGGACAAAUGCCAUCCCCUUUACAGGGCUGACCCCAGAGAAUUAAUUCAGAUGGUAACAAAGCAUGUUACCCAGUCCGGCUGUGCGGAGUGGCCUGAUGAAAUAGCCACUCUGAUCAAGCAUCUUCAAUACUACAAUGAGCGGCUCUUGGACUUCACCCAGGCUCAGAUUCUUCAAGGUCUCGGCAAAGGAGUGGAUGUCCAGAGGUUUACAGCAGAUGGGCAGUACAAGAGGGAAACUAUAUUAGGUUUGGCAGAAACGCUUGAAGAAAAUGUGUACAAAAUAGCCCUCUCCUUGGCUCAGCGUUACAGUGUCCCACUCUGGGAAGUUCACAUGACACAUCUGGAAUUUCUUUUCAGUGACAGUGGUUUAUCCACAACAGAAAUAGAAGAGAGAGCUCAAAGUCUUGGUCUGUUUGAGACUUUGAAAUCUGUCCCUGAAGCCUUUCAUGAGCACAUGGCAAAAUAUGUAUACCCAACUAUUGAAGGUAGAGAUCACCAGCGUCUGCUGUAUUAUUUCACACUCCUUGAGAAUUGUGCCUGUUCCGAAUUUGUGAAACAUGCUAUCAAACCUGAAACUCACAUACGUCUGCUGAAAAAAUUCAAGGCAGUUUCUCCAGGACUCAAUUACAAAAAGCUAACAGAAGAAAAUGUGAGUCCUCUGGCAGCUUUGGAACCUAUCCUCACGAGUCAAAAUAUUCUAUCAAUUUCCAAGCUCGCUCCUAAAAUUCCUGAAAAAGAUGAACAGAUGCUUUCCCCAAGUUCUGUUUAUGCCAUUUGGAUUAAAAAACUCUUCUGGAAUGGGGAUCCCCAUCUUAUUAAAAAAGUUCCAGAAACCAUAGCAGAAUGGUUACAUUCCUACGAUGUCUGUGCCAAGUACUUUGAUAGACUUCGCCCAGGAGAUAUUACCAAUUUCAUGGAUGAAAUUACUUUUUCCUCCAAAGCUGUCACCAAGCUGUCCGUAGAUUCCCGGGUGGAGAUGACAAAGAAGGCUAUUAAAUCAGUGAAACACAUUGCUGAAAAAGCUGGAAAAGGGACUUCUGAGGAGGACAGCAUAGAAGGCGUGGUUAACAGGGAAAUUAGUUACGAGGAUGCCCUGAAUCACCUGCGGCAGUCUCUUGCACAUCUGGAAACACUUAGCCACAGCUUUAUUUCUUACCUGAAAAACAGUGACCAGAAUAUACUUCGGGAAUAUGGACAUCAGUAUGAUUUAUCCAGGUCGGAAAAAGAGAAAAUCAAUGAGCAAGCUGUAACUAUGUGCAUAGAUGGUCAGCCCCUGGAUAUGAUCCAGAAGUUAUUGAGUGUUGCUGUUGGCGAUCUGGGACUCUCACCUAGAGAUGUAGUGCAGACAGCUGUGAACAAAGUGGUUGCUGCUUUAAGCGAAGAUGGAGUUCAAUAUUCUUUCAAAACAGACCCUUUCCAAAUAUUAGAAGGUAUUGUCUCAGCUGUCCACACAAGUGCUGAGAAUGGGGAGAACCUUGUCUCUUCAGAAGAUCUCUUGGCUUGGCUGAGACCUUUCUGUGGGGAUGAUUCCUUGCCAGUGAAGCCCCGCAUUACCGUGCUGCAGAUCUUGGAGCAAGCCUUCCACCUCAGUGAUGAGGACAGUAAGUUGCUGGUGCUCUUCAGAACUCAAGCUGUCCUCAAAGCCUGUUGGCCACAGACUCAGGUAGAAAUAACUGAUAUUGAAAAUGAAGAAAAGAGGUACGCUCUCUUCCUAAAACUUUUGGAAACCAGUGAAAACACUGCAGAAUUUCAGCAUUUAGUUAUGUUGCUACAAGCUUGGCCACCUAUGAAAAGUCCAAAUGUAGCAUGCCCAAGUAGUAAUCCUUGGGUGAAAUUGGGAACAGUGAUGCUUAUGAAAUGCCCGCAGGAGAAUAAGGAGCACAUCGGGAGUGAGAUUCUGAAAACCUGCCGUUCCAUAUAUGAGACACAGCACACGCUGUCAGCAGAGUGCAUCAAAGAACUCUGUAUGCUGCUACUUAACCAGUCCCUUCUGCUGCCAUCCUUGAAGCUGCUUCUGGAAAGCAGAGAUCAAGAUCUUCAUGCUGUGGCGUUGGAGCAGAUAGCAGCAAUUGCCCAGGUUGAUGCUUCCAACUGUGAUUCUGAACUCCUUUCACUGCUGCUGGAUGAGAAAUUAGUGGUGAAGUGCGCAUCAACUGUCUUCUAUGCUCACCUGGUUGACCAUCUGCUGGCCAAGCAAGAGGAGGGACGCUGGGAUGUGGCAGAAAUAACGAAACAACUGCAGGAAGCAGGCUUCAUCGCAGAGGCGGGCUCUCUCCUGAUGGCCCAUAAAGGAACUCAUCCCGCACUCCAAACUUUUGGUGCAGCCCUCAGUGCUGUGAAGCACUGGAUUUAACCAGCAGGGCAUGUCAGAUGACAUGUGGUGCCUGUUCCAGCUGCCCCAGUCUCAGGUGAAAAUCCUGCCGAAGAGACGCUGUGUGAAGUCAGGGGCUUCAAGCUAACCCAUGUCGCCUGGCAUGGUUUAAAAGGCUAACAGUGUGCAUGCUUAAGCAUUCCCUUGCAUUGUCUGUGUCCUGUCAGUAACCCUUGCCAUAUGGGUAGGAAGUAGAACACCCCAGAAGGAUGAAAUGCAUUCAGUGUGACCCAUGAAGGAUAUUCUGGUGAAAAAACCUCUUUCAGGUUGCCCCGUAAUAGACAUUAGGGAUUGUACCACACGGCUUCAUCUCCAGUGUAAAGGGAUAUAUUUAAUCAAAAGUGGAGAUGAGUAGAACUAAUAACCUAACUUAAGAAGGACAUGUCUAAGGAGGGCAUUUAGGAUGCUAUUCCAUGCAAGCUUAGGCAGAAAGAGGCCUUUUUUCCUGUCUAAACUUGCUAGCACUGUGCCUUUAAUGACAUUUAAGAGUUCGUAUGUCACCUAGUUUGGAAGUUAGAUUCGUUUGCUUUCUUUAAUUAAAGGCCUUCUUUUCAACCA